AUGACGAACGUAGUGAGGAAGGCCAUAAGUCUACUUCUUUUAUCUUGGUUCCUCCUCCCGUGCCUAACGAAUGGCUGGGCAGCAUUGGCGGCGAGAUCGUGGUGCCUGUCCAUGCCUGGAACGACAACAGAGAAACUCGUGGCGAACAUCAACUAUGCUUGCGGGAGCGGCUUAGCAGAUUGUAGAGCGAUACAGGAAGGCGGCCCGUGCUACUCCACGGACAUCAUCAAAGUGGCAAACUACGCCAUGAACGUUUAUUACUACAGCGCCGGGCAUGAGGACUUCAACUGCUACUUCGAUGGUUCCGGUCGCAUAGUCUACGACGACCCUAGUUAUGAGGGCUGCGUAUAUCCUUAA